GUGUGUACGUUGCUUUGACUCUUUGAGUUCGUGUACCUUACCGUCAUUGUCUUGUUAUUGUUAUGAUAAUUUUCUCUGUAGUCUAAGGCGCAUUAUGUUUAUGUAAUAAAUUCAACUUGACUGAGAAAGCGCUCAGCGAGUUCUACAGACCUGCUGUUAUUGUUGAAUUCAGGACAUUCUUCAAUACAUAGAUUAGAUCUACACGGUAGCCUACAGUUUUGAUCGACACAGUUUUUUUUUUUUAUGAGAGUAGAACUGCAGAAGUACUGUUCCUUUUUAUUAUCCUUGGAAAUGUGUAAUGCUUGACUGCUGUUUUGGCAAGAGGAAGCAAAGUAAUGCGGCUUUCAAAGAAAGCUCUGGCUGGGAUCAACGUUUUGUUGCGCUUAUUUGGGAGAGACUUAUCGUGCCACAAUUCUAGAUUCUAUGCCUUUGUAGGACAACUUGACUUCAAAGCAAGUUCGAUGUCCAGAUAUUUCUAACGGUGCCACAAAAACUUUCUGGAAAGGAAUAGGCUCCGGGUCAUCGGCAGAUCAAAGAUCCGAUUGUGACGAUUUCUUCAUCGAUCACCUAGCGGCCAAAAUGCGCUCUCCAAACACUGAAGGACCACUGGAUUAAAGGGAGAUGUUAACUCCUUGGAUUAACACGCUGCAGUUUCUUCGAAAGUUCAUCCCGAGAAUGCGUUGAUUUAUGAGAACUGUCUGUCAGCUGUCACGAUUUAUGCGUGUUGUGCUUCUGCGCCGAAAGAUACCAUUAAGGCUGCCGUGAAACCGUAACCUCCCCCCCCCCCCUUACGCUGAAGGACACAGACGCUGUCAUAAGAAUAUACUGGCUUAACGAACAAGUAAUGUAAGCGAGAAGGAAAGAACAACGAUUACAUUCUGGAUUUAUCUAUAGGAUUUGCUUCUGACCUUGGACGUUUUGUGAUACAGAGGAAAUUCUAAAUCUCGUCAGUGUCAACAUUUAUUGACUGGAAGGGAUUCAGUAACAGGUGCUGAACGAGACUGGCUGUUUGGUUGUCAACAGUGACUGUAUAACCACAGCGUUAUCAUCCGGUUCGGACAGGUUUUUGUGGUGAGCUUAAAAAAGGACGAAGGUUUACUUAGGACCAUUGACCAUCUUCUGCGGAUUGGCUACGUCUGGAUUAGUAAUCUUCGUGGGAACAGUUUUUCGUUUGAGCUACCUGUGUGAGUAAGAGAAUUGUUCUGAGCUGUCCUCGUGGUGUUCGAAGGUUAUGGGACAUGUUCAAGCAUGAAAAUACCGAGCUAAUUUUAGCAACACCCCUUCGUUGAGAGUCUACUCACACUGUGGGUCGUGACGCCAUCAUGUCGGCGAGCACUACUUCCGGCAGACGUGGCUCGCCACAGCUGCUCAUGUCCCCAGCCCGUCUCCCUCGAGCUCUGUACCUACUUCUGCUUCUCACCUGGAUCGUCUGCCUCCCAGACCCCAGCCUUGCUCAGAACAUGGAGAUUCGUACCUCCAUCAGAGAGCAGCUACUCCCAGGGUACGUCAUCCUAAACUUAGCCACUGAUCCAAAGUUCGUCAGUAUUUUAGAGUCGUCUGCCGCAGCCUCUCCCCAGAGUGACCUUCGUUUCAGCAUCCUGACUUCUGGAAAUCCCAAUAGUUUGUAUUUCGGUGUGGGCGAGAAGACGGGGAUCGUGGAGGUUGCAAAGACGAUAGAUAGAGAGUAUGUCUGCAGCUUCCGGUCUGUCUGUGUCCUUGACUUUGAGGUGGCGGCACGCUCGGAGUAUGGCGUGUUUUUCGUGCUCGUCAAUUUCGUGGUGGAGGUGACGGACUUCAACGACAACCCGCCAGAGUUCACGCAGGCGCAGUUUGAGCUGUACGUGCCGGAGAAUUCUGUGAGAGGGCGGUCAUUCCAGCUGCCUGUGGCUUUUGACCGAGACACGGGACCGGAAAAUGGGGUGAGCGAGUACAGAAUCUUGAAAGGUCCUGACUUGUUUGACUUGGUGACAACAGAGUCUGGGUUCAAUUCCUCGGACGUGUACCUGACUCUUCAGAGCACGGUGAACAGAGAGAGUGCACCGUCGUAUAAGAUAUUGGUGGGCGCCAUAGACGGAGGCCAGCCGUCCCUAACGGGUACGCUGACGGUGGAGGUGCAUGUGUCGGACAUCAACGACAACUUUCCCGUGUUUGAGCGGCCGGUCUACGUCGUGAACAUACCCGAGGACACGAGGAACGACCAAAUCAUUCAGCAGGUCAAGGCCACAGACGCAGACACGGGUCCCAAUGGUGAGCUGGUCUACUCCUUCUCCAGCCUGCAGCCCCUGGAUGACCUCCAGUAUUUCGGAAUCAAACCCAAAACGGGUGAGAUCUACGUCACGCAGUCAGUGGAGUCUCGCACAGGACAGGACAUUGAACUGCUGGUGGAGGCCAGUGAUCAGGGACAUCCUCCAAAAGUGUCAAGGACAAGGGUUCAGAUUCAGGUAGAGGACACAGUGAACAGCAUGCCAGAGAUCAUGGUUGACACGCUGGGCGGGAUCUAUGGUGUUGCUGAGGUGUCUGAGUAUGGAGAGAUUGGCAAGGUUGUGGCACAUGUGAGUGUCAGAGACUCAGACAGUGGAGACAACGGCAGGACAGAUUGCAACCUCAGUGGACCAGAAUUUCGAUUGGUCAAGCUGGACAAUAAAGGGAAAUAUAAGGCAGUGCUGAUGUCCAGUCUUGACCGUGAGCUUGUGAGCAUGUACAAUGUAACAGUUUCCUGUUCUGACCAUGGCUUCCCAUCUCUGCUGGCCACAAGAGACUUUGCUGUGCAAGUCCUUGAUGAGAACGACCAAACACCAAAGUUCUCCCAGAGAACGUACGAAGCGUCUAUGUACGAGAACAAUAAGCCAGGUGUGCUGGUGAAGCAGCUCACUGUGACUGAUGGAGAUACUGGUGAAAAUGCACAAGUUUUCUUUGAGGUAGUCGGCAUCAACAAACGCUUUUUCUCAGUCUUUGACAACGGCAGUAUGGUUGCCAUGGAAUCUCUGGACAGGGAACUCACCGACAGAAUUGUAACAACGAUUGUUGUCACUGAUAGAGGCAAACCUCCCCUGUCGUCAACAGCCACUGUCAUUGUCAACCUUCUGGACGUAAAUGAUGUGACUCCGUACUUCAGUGAAAUGAUCUUCAAGUUUGAAGUCACAGAAGGUAACCCUGGUUCAAGGUUUGUUGGAAUUGUUUCUGCGUCAGAUGAUGAUGUUGGAGCCAAUAAGAAUGUGUUCUAUCACCUACCUCUUGAGUACACUCAGACGGAGAACAAUUUUGUUAUUGGAACAGACGGAGGUGUCAUAAAAACAAAUAAAGUCCUGGAUAGAGAGGAGAAAGAGACUCACAACUUUCUCGUCCUCGCCACUGACCGCGGGACACCUGCCCGGACGGGAACUGCUAGUGUUAUCAUCACUGUUCUGGACAUCAAUGACAACGAUCCUUACUUCCUGUUCCCCAACGCCAGUAACGACAGCUUGGUUAUUCCUCACACAUUCGACAAAGAUGAAAGGAUCGUCUCUAUAAAGGCUGACGACAGAGACAAGGGGCUGAACUCUGCCCUUGUGUACUCAGUCAGUAGUAUCAACGAGUCUGCACCAUUUGCCGUGAAUCCUCAAACAGGGUCGCUGUAUCUCAAUGAGAAACUGACCUCUGAAGAUGUGGGCUUGUACACUCUGACCCUCAUGGCUCACGACCAAGGCACGGACAAGCAGAGAGCCACCCAGUACCCUCUGUACGUGGAAGUUUACUUUGACAAUUCCACAUUGCUGGCUGCCCUGGACGCCGGAGGUCCUUCAAAGACGAUGAUCAUGGCUGUGGUUAUAUCAGCUGUGUUGCUGGUGAUCUUGGUCACUGUGCUAGUCACAUACAUCUGCUAUAAGAAAUACGAGGCCAAGAAAUCAGCUGGAGGUGUUCCCAACUCGGCAUCCACUUCUUCAACGACCAAACUCCAUGGAGGUUACUACAUUGCCCCUGGUGUUCGGGGCUCUUCCUCUUCCUUCAUUGGUAAACAAGAAGAUGGAACUUGCAACUCUGGACACGAGAUGGGAGAAGGAAUGAAGACCUCCAAUCCUUAUGUCGUCAUGGUGCCGGCACCUUCCUCAGAGAGAGACACUGCACCUGAGAUUGUGGAGAUAUCUCGCCCUGGUCAUCCAAACGGCCUGAAUGACACUCUGAACACGGAUGACCUGGACCAGACAGAUGAUGGUCAGUUCUCCACCUUCAAGUCUCAGGAGGAUAUCCUCUCCCCAGGGAUCAGACAAGGAUCUCUAAGUAGACGGGCACAUGACACAUCGGACGUGAAGCGACCAAUUAAUGACACCUUCGAUGAUGACAUGUCAUGUGACAGCACAAGUGACAGCGGCAGAGGUGGCAGUGAUGUCGAGAACGGUGCUGCGGCUGCCAAGGAGAAAGCACGUGCACAAGCAGCUACGCCAAUAUCGGUGAAAAGCGGAAUCUCAAACAGGUUGUCUCCCCUGCCUCGAGAACACGAACGAACAUUUCACACGUUCCGCGGGGACUCUCCAAGCUCUUUCCCAUUUGACUCGGACAGCGACACCUUAACCCGACCGCAAAGGUUAAGGGCCAGUCCAAUGCCAAUGAUGGCAACACCAUCCCGCCGUGACAUCCCCAGGUUUGAACCUGGUGCAACGAGCUCUCUGUCCCGAUAUAGUGAAAGUGACACGGACAAUGACCUCACACCACGAGGCCGGCCCAGCCACCCACCGCCCCCUCCCCCUCUGAACAUUGCUGGCAUUCACAACCCAAACUCGUCAUUCAGUGGUUUCAGCAGCGGUGGUGAAGGGAGCACCCCACGACAGCCAGUCAGAGUGGCCCCUCUCCCCAUGUUUAUGGGGCCCUCCAUGUACCAAAGACACGAUAGUGAGACGGACCACAGCGAUGCGGGUUCAAAUCCCAGUAGCUCUCUGUCCCGGCGGAACCACGUACCCCGUCUGCCUUACUACCCGGGCAUCGAGUUUACCCAUCACGCCUAUGGGGGCUCGAACCGUAAUAGCAUCAGUGCUUUCAGUAAUCACUCUUCUGCCUCGGCCAGUGAUGGAUAUUACCCAGACCCUCAUCAGGCUCCCCUGUAUUCCCCAAGUGCCAGUCGUGUAGAUUACAAUCGCGGUUUGUCGAACACUAGCAGUGGUGCUCAGCCUUAUAACUAUGACUAUAACAACCCUCAAACAUUCAUGCCAGAUGGAAGAGUCUCUGGUAACUAUGGCAACGUGGUCAGCGAGCUGCAGGACUCUCGUCCUGUGAGCAUGGAGGAGGAUUUCCUUCUCCCACCUUACCCCGAGGUGGAUGAGGAGGAAGAACAAGAGGCAGAGAAUCUCGCUAUGCAUUCUGGGUUCACAGGAUUUAGCCCCGAGCGUGAUGCAGAGCGGGCUGCUCUUUUCGACAGAUCAAGAUUUGAAUCUAGUGCAUAAUUAAUUAUGAUGUUUCUUACGGUCCAAAAGUGUAUUUGCCAUUCCUUUUGUCUACAUUGCUCUCAGAUGGUCAAAUGGUCAAAAUAAGACGCUUGGCGUUAAGAGUGAUGCUACAAAACCCUGCCAUGAUGCUUACACUUGUUUCUGAACUUUUAAUUUGCCCCUGUCAAUUUUUCACUCUGAAAAUGUUCUCAAGUCUUGAGAAAUUUGAAGAGGGAGUAAAGUCUUAAUUUUGUUAGAAUAAAUUUUAAAAAUUAUGAUCGGAUUAACUCUUGUGUGCAUGUUUUUCUGCCCUUAUGAUAAGCAAGUCUUAUGUUCUGACUGACAUAUGUUUUAUGCAUUAACUUGGUCUGAAACAUGAACUGUAUAACAUUUUUGUAUUUUAAGGAUUUGUUUGUCAUAUGGGCAGUGUCAACUUAUAUCUCUCAUGUACAAGAGUCUUCUAUAAUGGGAACAAUUUGAGAGAAGGGAAAGUUUAAAACGGGGCAAUGUUGUGAAUGUAGAGUAAGACUUGUUUUGAUUUUUUAAAUUUGUUUUUUCCUUUUUAUUUAAGGCUAGGUUUACUUUUGUCAUUUAGUUACCAAUAAGCAUGAUCCUCUUCCAACUUGGCAUGUUGAGAAUAAGUAUGGUUCGUUUUUCCAUGCUCUGGAGGGAUAACAGUUACCCUAAUCAGAAAGAGACAAGAGAAGCAUGAGUAUAAUCACAAUGUGAACAACAGUUUUUUUCCCUUUGCAAAUAACUUGACACAUGAGCCUGAAGAUCUAGGUGUGUUUGUGUGUGUGUGUGUGUGUGAGAGAGAUAGAGA